CCCGCCCCUAGCUCGUUCCUUUUUCACUUUAAAGCCUUCGGUUGCAUUUUCUUCUUUGCACCGAAGUCGCGCUCCGGCAUCCAGCGCGCUCGCAGCAGGCACCAGGCUCCAGCGCUGGCGCCGGGGCCGCGGGGAGGAGGCGACUUCGCUCCCUGCGGCGGGAAGCCUCCUCGGUCCCGGAGAGCGGGCGGCGGCGGCAGCCUCCCCGGAGCGGCAGUACUGGAUGCUCCGCAUCACCUAGCGCCUCCCUUAGGAGUGCCACCCCAGCCUGAUUGGAAACUGGAGAAGCGGCCCCGCCGUUGAUGAGUUUGUCUUGGACGUCGGUGACCAGGUGAAACCGGAGGCCGACAUGGGGCAGAAGGUCACUGGAGGGAUCAAGACGGUGGACAUGAGGGACCCCACGUACCGGCCCUUGAAGCAGGAGCUCCAGGGUCUGGACUAUUGCAAGCCCACCCGCCUGGACCUGCUGCUGGACAUGCCUCCUGUGUCCUACGACGUCCAGCUGCUCCACUCCUGGAACAACAACGACCGCUCACUCAACGUCUUCGUGAAGGAGGACGAUAAGCUCAUCUUCCACCGGCAUCCGGUGGCCCAGAACGAUGCCAUCAGGGGCAAAGUCGGGUACACGCGCGGGCUGCACGUAUGGCAGAUCACCUGGGCCAUGAGGCAGCGGGGCACCCACGCCGUGGUGGGGGUGGCAACAGCAGACGCCCCCCUGCACUCCGUGGGGUACACGACACUCGUGGGGAAUAACCAUGAGUCCUGGGGCUGGGACUUGGGGCGCAACCGGCUCUACCACGACGGCAAAAACCAGCCAAGCAAGACAUACCCAGCCUUUCUGGAGCCGGAUGAGACAUUCAUUGUCCCCGACUCCUUCCUGGUGGCCCUGGAUAUGGAUGACGGGACCCUGAGCUUCAUUGUGGAUGGACAGUACAUGGGAGUAGCUUUUCGGGGACUCAAGGGCAAAAAACUGUAUCCUGUAGUGAGUGCCGUCUGGGGCCACUGUGAGAUCCGCAUGCGCUACUUGAAUGGACUCGACCCGGAGCCCUUACCGCUCAUGGAUCUCUGCCGUCGCUCGGUGCGUCUGGCCCUGGGGAAGGGGCGCCUGGGUGAGAUCCACGCGCUGCCACUGCCCGCCUCCCUCAAGGCCUACCUCCUCUACCAGUGAUGCUCCACCUGGGACCGCCAGCACAACCACCCCCCCGGUGCCAACUCACUGAGCCACCACAGCGCCACGAGCCUUGGACCGGCGUCCGAGGCAUGGGAGGAAGUCCCAACUUCCUUUUCAUCCUCCUUGGCUGCCCCGCCGGACACAGACGGCUUUGGAUACGGGCCCUUCUGCACUCCUUCUGGACCUUGGCAGAAGUCCCCCGCAUGCCGUAUCACAGCCCCUCCUUGGAAAAAACACAGAGGAUAAACUGCUGCCCUGAGCUCUGAUCAGCUCUUGGGGUGGCCUGGGUGCUCCCCACACCUGCUGGGACCCCCCCGGUGCCGAGAACGGAUCCAAGGGAUGCGAAGAGGUGCUUAGAUGAGGGCCAGCGCUGGCCCAGCAGGGCAGCCACAGUGGACGAAGCUCAGGAUGUCAGAAGCUCACCAUGGCCACCGAGGCAGAAACCAAAAUGGGACCUUCCCUAGGCGCAUGAGCACCCAGCAUCAGUCCUGGCUGCCGGGGCCUCCAUACCCUGUAUUUAUUCUUUUAACAGUAACAAAAGCCAUUUAUUUAUUCCAUUUAGAAAGGACACUUUGUUCGGGUCACUUCUCUCUGGAGUGUUCUGUUGCUUUUCUUCCACCUGCCCCUUCCUGGGAUGUGUGUGCCUCACCUGGCCCUUGCGCUGGGUCAUGUUUGUGAUGUGUCCCCACGUGGGCACAGGGGACCUCUGUGUGGGCCCCUUGAUCUACAGUUUCCAAGGGGCUCUGCUCCUGAGUGCCCGAGCGGGCCCCUGAAAGGGCACCUCACGUGCAAUAAUGAGUGUCUUAGGGACCUGCCUGCAAGGGCAGUGGCAGCUCCCUGCAUCCCCCCAGACAGCCACUUGUCACUCAGGCUCAUCCAUUUUUGCACGUGGUUUUAUUUUUUUAGUCUUCUGUGGGGUUUUUUGGUGUGGGUUUGGUUUCAUUUUCGCUUUCCUACCUGAGAUUUGCCACGUGAAUACUCGGAAGCUCUGGCUUCCCCUGUCGAGGACCUGCCCAAACAAGACAGGGGGAUGAGUGGGUCUGAGAGGCCAGGGGCAGGGCAGGAUUGGGGAGACCAGAGCAGAGUUGUGUGUCCUUGAAGCCAGUGCCUGUCUCCGCUUGGUGCCCCUGUCCGGGCUCUGGGCUGAAGUGGAGCAGCCUCAGUUCAUCACGGUGCCCCAGAGCUGUGGGGUGGGGCAGGGUGGGGUGGGGUGGGCAGCCUGCAGCGGGGGGGGAAGCACCCUCCCUUGCACAACUCCCCCACGUAGCAGACCCCAGCACCUGCCACCAAGUCACCUUUUCUUAUGUCUUGAAGUCCACCCUCUUAGAAUCUGCCUUCUGUUCAUUUCUGUACAGGUACAAUAGAUGACUUUAUUUGUUUAAAAUGUUUAAUAUAUAUGCAUAUAUAUUUGUCCAUAAAAAUUAUGUUUUAAACAGCUGCUGUAGGGUACCUUAAAAAAAAAAAAAGUCUUCCAGUGGAGUAUAUUUUUUAAAGCACAAAAUUGGUGCCAAGACUGGGUGAGGAAUGUAAAUUUCCCCUUGCUAUUGGGAGGUUUGUUUUUCCCCCAGUGGGUGGGAGGAACCGAACCUGAGACGUUUAAAGACUGUCCUCACUCCUGUUUCAGGGUGGGCCAUGUUCUGAUGAAUGUUACACAUGAGAGGGUCUCAUUAGACAGAUCCCAGCCUUAUCGCCUUGACCCAGUCGUCACCCACAGACGCUGGACAAACCCCUGGGCUCCUUGUCGUCUCUCUGCACCCCCGACACCCCAGCUCCCCGAACCUCAGCUCCAUCUUUCCUCUCAGCCCAGAGCCUUGUGGCCUGUACAGUUUUGAAACUCCUGUUCUAUUUUAUGAUGGUUGAUAAUAGUCAGUAACCUAAUAAAGGAAAGUUCAUUACAAUACAAA